UCUCGAGCAAAUGUUUUGUUCUAAACUCAGGGAAUCACUUUGUUUCUUCGAAUUUCCUUUUACUACAAGUUGGGUAUUUGGAUUCCAAGGGUUUGUCAUCAAUGUAAGGGAACGUAUUGAUACCUUGUUUGGACAGCAUUCUGCUGAGCAAGAUAUAAGGUUCUUGCACGGACACACUCUGGCUUUGCGUCUCUCAGGGAUAGGUGGACUUCAUUUCAUCCACAAUGCGGUCGUGGUCACAGCCAAGAAUUUCAAGAGACGCAAGACGGCCUUUCCGUUUCAAGAUCUGUUGUUGUAGAAGAAACUUCAAUUUCAGGGAGGUCAGAGUUCCCAGUGAUGUCCAGCUACUGUUUGAGCAGUACUCCGAAAAUGGCACAAUGACCAUCGGGCACUUACAGAGAUUCCUGGUUGAAUACCAAAAGUUAAAGGAUGCAACCAGAGAGGAUGCAAUGUCAAUCUUACACAGCCUUAGGCAUCGUAUCAUGUAUAGGAAGGAACUGAAUCUUGACCACUUCUUGCGGUAUCUCCUCAGUGAUCAUAACCCUCCGAUCGCGCCACCACUUGGGGUGCACCAUGACAUGAAUGCUCCCCUUGCUCAUUACUAUAUGUAUACAGGCCACAACUCCUAUUUAACUGGGAAUCAGCUAAGCAGUGACAGCAGCUCUGAACCGAUCGUGAAAGCUCUAAGGAAAGGUGUAAGAGUAAUCGAAUUGGAUCUGUGGCCAAAUUCCAGAGGAAACAAAGUAAAAGUCUGUCAUGGAGGUACACUCACUUCUCCGGUCAAUCUCAACAAAUGUCUAAGUGCCACCAGGGAUCAUGCUUUUCUUGCAUCUGAGUUCCCUGUCGUGAUAACCUUCGAAGACCAUCUAACUCCACGUCUUCAAGCUAAGGUGGCCAAGAUCGUCACAAAGACCUUUGAAUCAAAGCUGCAUCGACCAGAUACAGACCAACUAGCAGAAUUCCCAUCACCAGAAUCACUGAAAAGGAAAAUCCUGAUUUCAACAAAACCUCCGAAAGAGUACCUUGAACGUCAGAGCAGCAUGGAAAAAGAAUACAACAGCGCGCAGUCUGAGGAACUUUCAGACAAAGACAGUAGCAACCAGGAUGAAGAAGAGAAGAAUGUAAUCCCUGAGUACAGGCAUCUCAUUGCCAUCCACGCUGGAAAGCCAAAGGGCAGACUCGUGAAUAGUCUAAGGAUUGAUACGAGUAAAGUUCAACGCCUUAGCUUGAGUGAACAAGAGCUUGAGGAGAUAUCAAAGGAGAACGGACAAGAUCUUGUGAGGUUUACUCAAAAGAAUCUGUUGAGGAUAUACCCUAAGGGAACUCGUUUUGAUUCGUCCAAUUACAAUCCUCUGCUCGGGUGGAUGCACGGAGCUCAAAUGGUUGCAUUUAACAUGCAGGGAUAUGGGAAGUAUCUGUGGAUUAUGGAAGGAAUGUUCAAAGCCAAUGGUCAGUGCGGUUACGUCAAAAAACCGGAUUUUCUAUUGGAUAAAGACCAUAUUUUUGAUCCUGCAAAGCCAUUACCGGUUAAGACGAACUUGAAGGUGACAGUGUACUUGGGAGAAGGGUGGCAUUUGGAUUUCAAAGCAACUCAGUUCGAUCAAUUUUCACCACCUGAUUUCUUCGUGAGGGUUGGAAUUGCAGGAGUUCCUGAUGAUACAGUCAUGAAGAGGACCGAAGCAAUGGAGGAUGACUGGACGCCAGUGUGGAACGAGGAGUUCGAGUUCCCGCUCAGGGUUCCCGAGCUGGCCAUCCUCAGGAUCGAGGUCCUAGAGUACGACACGACCAGACACCACGACUUCGGCGGUCAGACGUGCCUGCCUGUGUCGGAGUUGAGAGCAGGGAUUAGAGCAGUUCCUUUGCACAACCGUAAGGGGAAAAGAUACCGAUCCGUUAAGCUGCUUAUGCAGUUCGAAUUCGAGGAACCUGAUUCUGAAACGGAAGAUGACGGUUGAUCAGACGUUCUUGUUGGUAACUGUUCGCCUAGAAAGGCUUCCUUGACAAAUAUCUUUCACUGAAGGGGCAAAGCUUCAACUUUGUUAUUUGAAAUGGGUUUUGCGUCA